AUGGCUCGCCGCAUCUCGCAGAAGCGCAACGCCAAGACGUAUGAGCGUCCAGGGCUGAGCGAAGAGGAGAUUGAAGAGAUUCGUGAGGCCUUUAACCUGUUUGACACAGACGGGAGCGGUACGAUCGACCCCAAGGAGCUCAAAGCAGCAAUGCAGUCGCUGGGCUUCGAGGCCAAGAAUCAGACCAUCUACCAGAUGAUCGGCGACAUCGACAAGGACGGCAGCGGAUCCAUUGAUUUCGAGGAGUUUCUGGACAUGAUGACAGCGAAAAUGGUCGGUUUUAAACUCUCGAGAGUUACUUGGAGAUUGCGAAAGGAUUGAACUGACUGUUGCGUGUGUGUUGCCCCAGAGCGACAAAGACUCGAGAGAAGAUAUCCAGAAGGUCUUCAACCUCUUUGACGACGAUCAGACGGGUAAAAUCUCACUGCGUAACCUCAAGCGCGUAGCCAAGGAACUGGGCGAGACCAUGACGGACGCCGAGCUGCUCGAGAUGAUCGAGCGUGCAGACACGGACCAGGACGGAGAGAUCAACGCCGAGGAGUUCUACGCCAUCAUGACCAAGAAGACCUUCACGUAGACCACACCGCAGACUUAAGCGUAGAACCUCUUUAUACACUAUUCUCUUUCUCUCGU